AUGUGCAGGUCCUUUCUUUGGGCAGGUGCUAAUAAACUUUUUAAGAAAUAUCCCAUGACUUGGAAGAAGGUAUGUUCUCCUAAGAUAAAGGGCAGACUCAACAUAGUUAACCUGGAAAUCUGGAACAAAGCUUGCUUGAUAAAGCUCUUGUGGAACCUGCAUGGUAAGUCUGAUACCAUGUGGAUCAAAUGGAUCCACUACUACUAUGUGAAGGACCAAGACAUAUGGUCAAUGGCAGUCAAAAAUAAUUCCUUAUGGGUCAUGAAAUCCAUUCUCAAGCUGAGGAAUAUUGUCAUUAGCCGGAACGAGUGGAACAACAUGGUCCAGACAACAAAAUUUCAAACCACGAAAGUUUAUGAUAGGAUAUCUGAGAAUGUGCAAGAGGUUAGCUGGAGGAGAAUCUUAUAUCAGAAUAUGGCCAGACCUCGUGCAUUAUUCACCCUGUGGAUGGCUUACCAUAGGAAGCUUGCAACCAAAGAUAGAUUAGCUAGAUUUUGGAUGUUGAAUCAUUAUACCUAUUGUUUUUGUAAUGAUAAGGAAACAAUUGAUCAUCUAUUUUUUCAAUGCAGAACAAUGAAGACUAUUUGGAAAAACAUAUUGGAGUGGAUGUUGAUUGAUUAUACAUCUGGGGAUUGGAUUCAAAAGGUCAAGUGGGUUAGUGAUAUGAGCAAAUCCAAAGCCAGCAAAAUGAAGAUCUUGAAGUGUGGGCUGGCUGAAACAGUCUAUGAACUCUAG